CUAACUGACAUCGCCCUGUUCCCCCAUUUGUUGAAAAGCAGGCUGGGAAGCUUUUCAGUCCCGCCAUCUUUGUUGAGGGGAGGGGCGGGGCUAAUAGGAAGAACUGUGAAGUGGGAUUCUUUUGGUUGCUCUGAGUAGCCGGUUGCGUCGCCGGGUAGUUUUGCGGGUAAUUGUGAUAGCGGACGGAGGACUGUUUUGUGCUUUUCCUUGGUGGCUGCUCUCGAAAGAACGAACCUCCUUUUUUGUGUGCUUCUGGAGAUUGAAUGGGACGGUUUCAGAAGCCCCGGCAUCUCCUCGACGGGGUGGACUACUGCUCCCAUCUCAGGCUGGUUGGCUAAGGAUAAUGGGAGGUGAUGUCCAACUCAUAUGGAGAACUCUGGGGCACUAUGCUUCCAUCUCUGCACUUCCAUCUCUGCCAGCGUACACUCUGUAUACCCAUAGCCAGGGUGGGUCUGGUACGUAGAUAUUUAUCCUGGGAAAACGAGCAGCGGUGCAAAGGGCUGCUAGAGAAAUCCACUGUCCGGUACAAGAAAGAAACUAUGGGAGCAGCAGUGCUGGUAUCUCUGUGCUCCGUGGCUGGGGACCCAGCGAUCCUGUACACUCUGCGUUCCAACACUCUGACCGGUUUAUACAAAGGGGAAGUCAGUUUCCCAGGUGGUAAACGUGAUGACUCUGACCAGGAUGCCAUCACCACAGCACUGCGGGAGACUCAUGAAGAACUGGGCAUACAGUUAAAGGAGGACUGUGUCUGGGGAAUCAUGAGAGCUAUUCCUGAUAGGACUAAUAUGAUGGUGGCUCCUGUACUAGCAAACCUGGGGCCUUUGGAGGACCUGAAACUGAAACCUAACCCCCAAGAGGUUGAGGCUGUUUUCACACUGCCUGUCUCCCACUUGCUACAAGAAAAGAACCAGGGCUACACCCACUACUGCCGUGAUGGUAUCUACCGUUACACAUUGCCUGUCUUCCUGCAUGGUCCUCACCGUGUAUGGGGUCUUACAGCAAUCAUAACAGAGCUGACUCUGGAGUUGCUAGCACCAGGAAAAUACUUCAGGCGGACUUAUGUCAUGGGUCAGCACUGACUUUUGACUCAAAUUCACACUUGGAUCUCUAAGAUCUCUUUUUGUUUUCCAUAUUUGUCAAAGGACUUUAUAGAAUUGAUGAUCUCAUCAGCCAAGUGCUGCUCCUUUUCCUUGUCAUAAGAAUCUUCAAAACUCAGGUCAGCUCAGUUCUAAAUAACAAGAAGAAAACCGUUUAUCUCUCCAGCUCACUACCUCAGAAGACAACUAUUACAUUAUUGGCAAAAAGCAAUGAUGAAACAUCUAUCUAGUUUACUGUUGUUACCUGAAUAAACAAGGACGCUCGAAACCUUAUGCAGGUUUCUGUUUUGGCAGGUGUAGUACAAAUAAAACAUAAGUUUUAACCUCAAAGAUCCUA